UGUCGCCUACUCUCCCCCCACCGCCAUUUUGGGAGUCAGAUUGUAAAUAUUACUAGUUCAGGAAACCAAAUUCGUCCACAAAUUUGGUGGCAUUAAUAUGGUGCACACUUGCGUAGUGGCCGGUUGUCGGAACAGGAGGACUCCAGGCACCGCAUUAUCCUUCUACAGGUUUCCACGCGACCCGGAGCGGAAGCAGCGCUGGAUCGCUGCUGUGAAUCGUGAAGGGUGGGUGCCAAACGAGGGCAGCAGACUCUGCAGCACACACUUCAUUUCAGGAAAACAAGUGAAAAAUCCUCGAUCUCCAGACUAUGUUCCUUCAGUUUUCACUUCAGCGCCACUGUCCCCAAAUAUGAAAGAAGCAAGUUCUUGUGAAAUGUAUGAUAAACAGGAGGCACAAGUGGAGGCCGCCAAUGCUUUGCUUUUUCUGCAAGGACAAGGGCGUUUCUUGGAGAACCAUGGCCAGAUGACAAGUCAAGAAGAGCCAGAGAGUGUUUCCUCUUCACUGAGCAGUUGUGACGAGGAGGAUGUUAAGACUGAAGAUGGCGUAGAAGAAGAAAUCUCACAAACAAGUGUAAUCCAAAAAGGACAACCAGUCAAAAACAUUCCCUCUGACUAUGAGUCCAGUCUCGAGGCUCUUAAGAAAGAAAACAUGGAGCUGAGGGAAUCACUAGAAAAGAUGUCUCUCACUGAGGCUUCCUUUAGGAAUGAUCCAGAGAAGGUUCGCUUUUACACAGGAUUGCCAAACUACUUUGUGUUCGAGACAGUCAUGUUGCUUCUCAUUCCACAUAUGAAAGGAGACAAAAAUGUAAAACUCUCUAAAUUCCAGCAACUUCUCUUAACGCUAAUGCGCCUCAAGCUGGAUCUCAGAAACCAAGACUUGGCUUAUCGUUUUGGGGUCAAGGUUGCCACAGUGGCCAGGACUGUCCAUCGGAUUAUUCAUAUAAUGUUCACCACUCUUGUGCCAACUGCUGUUUUUUGGCCCUCCAGAGUGGAGCUCAGAAAAAAUCUACCCGCCGCAUUGCGUUGCACGUACCCAGACUGUGCGGUGAUCAUUGACUGCUUUAGGGUGUCUCUAGAAAGAGCUCUCGGUGUGGAUGGAAAUCAAGAUGUUGCAUCUACAGCAUUGACCACACCAGUGCAAUCGACUGUGAAUGAGCUUAAAUACGUCAUCGGUGUUGCUCCUCAGGGUGUAGUCACGUUUGUUUCCAGAGGAUCUCCGGGACACGUCAGCGACAAAAGUCUAGUUGAGAGUUCUGGCCUCCUUAGUAAACUCCUGCCUGGUGAUGUUGUUCUGGCAGAGCGUGACUUUGACAUUGAGGGCUUAGUGGGGUCUCGGAAAGCCGAACUCAAAAUCACUCGUAGCAAUUACUUUGAAAAUAGCCAGAACGGACUGGAUGGAGAAGAUUUCUCGCCAGUGGGAGCACUUUCAGAUAAAGCAAUUGCUCAUAUGCAUGUUGAAAAGGUAAUAGACAUUGUUAAGAGGAGAUAUUCGAUGUUAACUGGACCAGUAGAGAGCCCCUUUACAGUCGUAGACCACACUUCCAAUGUGAGCACUUUUGAUAAGAUUGUGCAGGUUGCUUGUGCCUUGAAUAAUCUGUGCAUUUCUGCUGCGCCACUGGAAUGAUAUUUGCCACACUUUUGUAAAAGCCACUUUUACUUGUACCAUUGCUGAAUGCACCUUUAUUGUUUCUCUUUUAUUACAGAAGAGAUUUUCUGUUCUUACAAGAGGGAUCAGAACAUAAAGGACUGGUUUACAUCUGGUGUUAAGAUGCAUUUUGGUCAAUCUGAUUAGAAGUAGACGAGAGAGACACACAUUCCCAAUUAUACCUCCAGCUUAAUCCAGCUGUUUUGUUCACUUUGAUCCACUUUCUUGAUUUCUUUUAGAGGAUUUAAAUAUAAUAUUUUGCAAUAAGCUCACACAUAAUAUAAUAAGAGCAAAGAACAGCAGAUUUUGUUUCUGCUACAAAACUGCAGAAAGCUGUUGGGUUUGUGUUAGAGUCAUGACUGGUAGGUCAAUAAAACUACUGGUAGUUGUGGAUUAAAGCAUAAAAUCUUAUCUUCAAAUUCUUGCAUUUAUAGCCAAAAAGUGAAUCUGUGUUUAAAAAAACUUACAGUGGCUGAGAGAGAAAAAUAAGAAAAUGCAUGCAAAUAGAAAUACGAACAAAUUGAGAAAAAAAGAAUCGUUAUGCACUUCAAUUCACACACAUGCAUGCAAAUUCUUAAAUGUAUCUAAAUACUGAAAUGCACUACAAUUUAAGAAAAUCUUCCAUAUAGAAAAACACUAACAUAUUAAGAAAACAUCAUCGAUUUGACUACACACAUGCGCACAAAUACAGCAUACAAAUACAGAAACACUCUGCAAAUAGUAUAGACUACAACGGAAAUAUGUCGGGGGAACAAACAACAAGGAAUCGUACAAUCAGGACAAUAACAUAAACAAAAAACUCUCAGAAGUCUGACAACAUGGCUGACUCUAAAUUAGGGUCGUCAAAAUACUGGAAUUUGAUACCAAUCUGUACUGAAAUUUUAAAAACGUUACAUUCCCAUGAGCAUUUGAGUGCUGUUGAGCACGUUCUUAAACAGCUCUGAUUUGCCAUUGUGUUCAUGUGUUCAAUAGAAAUGAAUGUGAUUGGCUUUGAAGGUCAUUGGUUCACCAAACUCACCGCUGUUUACUGUGUGUAACCACAGAUAGAGGGACACUAGAGCAUUUUAAAGUCAUGUCGAUCAGCUGGUUUGUCUAUAAGCUGACAUAUGAGCGAUCCGUUGGUGAAUCACGGCUUUAAAGCACUCCAGUGACCCUGUAUCUGUGGUUACACGCAGUAAACAGCGGUGAGUUUGCAGCGACAAGAGUCUAGUUGAGAGAAAGUUGUCAACAGCGCUCAAAUGUUCGAGUGAAAUGGACGUUUUUAAAAUUCCAGUACCGAUUGGUAUGGAAUUCCAGUAUCGUGACAACCCUACUCUAAAAAGGGAGCAGCGGGGCUCGUCACUUUUUAGUGUGACACAUUUGCGUUAUGGUUUGCACUAUUUGCAGUGUGUUUCUGUAUUUAGACGUGUGGUGAGAAUUUGUGUUGUCAAACUGACGAAGAUGUUUUCUCAGUUUGUUUUUGUUUUUAUAUAUGCUCAAGCGCACUUGAACCAUCGUAGAAACUAAAAAAUGGUAUGCAGAAUGAAAGAAAUUAAGACUUGUUUUCACAGAAACUGAACAAAGCUGAGUGGGAAAAGGAACAAAUCAAUACAUUUACAUUGAGGCAGCGUAUUGUGCUUCAUUCAAAUGAUUAAAUACAUUCUCUUCAUUUGGUCUUAAAGUUAUUCAAAAGUCUUAUUUUUCAAUAUCACCUUCAAACCAAACUUAUUAUUUCAUAUGGUGAAGUUGAAAUCAUGUCUGGUUAGAGUACUUUAAUUACACAAACAAUAAUGGUAGGAUGAGUUGGCGUAAAUAAGGUGUUUUUAUCUGAUUUUUGUUUGCAUUUGACCACAUGAGACCACCUCUGGAUGUGGUUGAUAGUUUACAAGCUCAAAGUGUUUCAGCCUCCAUUCACACAUGUAUUUAUCAUCGUCUAUUUGUGAUCAGAUUGACAGAAACAUAUCUUAAUAUCUGCUGUUAACAGGGCCUUAUGCAACUUAAGGACCAGUUCCAAGCAUGAAUUAGGCACAGUUCACUGGACAAUCUUCCCUCUGUGUGUGUGAGAUGUUGUUUUACGUAAGGAACUUCCUUAGUCUCUGAGCUGACUUUGUUGUUGCUUUGGUUUGAUAGAGACAUUCCAUCCAUAGCUUAACUUUAAAUUGGUAUUGUCGAGAGUGGAAGUUGUAUGCUGAGAAUCUCAAAUAUUCAAGGCCCUGAAGAAUCGCCUCGGUCGGAGACACUUGUAGUCAUUUACUUUGACAGCAGCUGCCUUUAGGUUCUAGUGCCUUUGCCUUUCUGAGUUAUGUCUCUUACGAUUUUCUUUCGCUUCUGUAUAGAUAUAUAAUAUAUUUUCGUCUAUAACCCAGCAGUACUGUGCUUUUUACUUCUGAUGAUGCCAAGUCACUCUUACCAUGUGAUUAAGUACCAUAAAAUUACCGUUUAGUUAUUUACAUUGUGUGUGAUCAUUGUUUUAAUCAACAUUAAUAGCAUUUAGCAUGAUGUAUUCACUCCGAAAUUCAACCAUUGCACUUGUUUAUCCUUCCUGGCUGUCACUCAAAUGUGUUUGUGUGCUCCAUUUAUCUGCAUUUGAGAAGAUGAUGCUUAUGUUUUCCCAUUUUUCUCAUGUGUCUGAUGUGCAGAGAUGACACAACUGUAAUUCAAUGUAGCAUCCUGUUGUAUAACAUGUAAGAAAAUGUCUCCAUAAAAUUUUUAAUAACGA